GAAACCCCACUAAAGGCCGACUGUUCAAAACUGAUCGAACGGCAGCCGACUAUUUCGCCUUUGAACGACUUCCCAACUUUGGUGCUCCGCAACCACCGCGUCCUCGGCCGUUUCUUCGACAACUUAAUUCACCCAACAGAAACGCAAUCAUGGCUGCUGUCCAGGGAGCUAUUUCGAAGCGCCGCAAGUUCGUCGCCGACGGUGUCUUCUAUGCCGAGCUGAACGAGUUCUUCCAGCGCGAGCUGGCUGAGGAGGGCUACUCCGGCGUUGAAGUCCGUGUCACUCCCACCGUCACCGAUAUCAUCAUCCGUGCCACCCACACCCAGGAGGUUCUCGGUGAGCAGGGCCGCCGCAUCCGCGAGCUCACCUCCCUCAUCCAGAAGCGCUUCAAGUUCCCCGAGAACUCCGUCUCCCUCUAUGCCGCCAAGGUCCAGAACCGCGGUCUUUCCGCCGUCGCUCAGUGCGAGUCCCUCCGUUACAAGCUCCUCAACGGUCUUGCCGUUCGUCGUGCUUGCUACGGUGUUCUCCGUUUCAUCAUGGAGAGCGGUGCCAAGGGUUGCGAGGUUGUCGUUUCCGGAAAGCUCCGUGCUGCCCGUGCUAAGUCCAUGAAGUUCACUGACGGAUUCAUGAUCCACUCCGGUCAGCCCGCUAAGGACUUCAUCGACAGCGCCACCCGUCACGUUCUCCUCCGCCAGGGUGUCCUUGGUAUCAAGGUUAAGAUCAUGCGCGGUUCCGACCCCGAGGGCAAGGCCGGCCCCCAGAAGACCCUCCCCGAUUCCGUCACCAUCAUCGAGCCCAAGGAGGAGCAGCCCGUCCUCCAGCCCAUGAGCCAGGACUACGGUGCCAAGGCUAUCGCCGCCCAGCAGGCUGCCGAGCAGCAGCGCCUUGCCGAGCAGCAGGCCGCCGAAGGCCAGGAGGGUGCUGGUGCGGAGACUUUCCAGCAGGAGUAAUUGGUUUCAUUUUCUUAGGCCCUGCUCUUUUUUCUUCGUUCCUGUCGUCCUACCUGAUAUCAUUACCUGACGCAAAUAAACAACUACAUGAUCUUCCAUUUGGUUAUCUUCCUCCGCUAGCAAGCUAGGAAAGGCGUCUUCCCGUCCCACAGCUCUGUUCCUGAAUUCCUAGUGAAACAUCUAGGUAGGAAAAGAUAAUGUCCGAUACGAAAUUAGGGGGCAAAUAAAAAAAAGCAAUUUACGGUUCAUUAUGUGCAACGAUUAUUAAGUCACGGGGAGAAACAAAACCAUGGCCAAUAUCUAGUAGACAUGAGAGUACAAGCGCAUGUGACCGUUCAUCUAUAGUCUUGUAGAAUGACGAUAUUGCGAUGCUACCC